GAGCGAACCCAAAAUCCCCUUCCAAUACCUUUCAAAUGGAGGAACUGAUCUCCCCUUCGUCAUCUUCCUCUCCUACACCUCCCCCCUUCUACUCCAUCCAACCCCAACCCCUUACGAUCCCACCGGGAAAUUCGCCGGAAGCUCUCCCAACUUCGGGUCUUCAGUACAUCCUCCAGUGCUUGCUGCACUCACGCUCUGAAUGGUGGACUUACGCCAUUUUCUGGCGGGUCUCCCCUGACCACACGCUCCUGAGCUUUGGCGACGGCCAUUUCCGUGGUAAGCUCGUCUCCGCCACAGCCGACGGAAGCAACGACGGAGACGACGCCGAGUGGUUCUACGCGGUAUCGCUAACCCGAUCCUUCAUCAUCGGCGAGUCCACCAUGCCGUCCCGCGCCUACGGCUCUCUCGCCCCUGUCUGGCUCACCGGCUCCCACGCGCUCCAAACCUGCGGCUGCGAUCGAUCACGCGAAGCCGAAAUGCACGGCAUUGAAACCCUAGUCUGCAUUCCUUCGUCCACUGGCGUCCUCGAACUCGGAUCCUCCGAUCUGAUAGGCGAAAACUGGGUUUUAGUCCAACAAGCAAAAUCUCUCCUCUCCACCGCCGACGAACCCACCGCCGCACUCUCUCAAUCUCAGCCAACCCCCCAUCUCUCCAAAAACGGCCAUUUCACCGGCUUAUCUUCGUCAGUCGAUUCCGAGCAUUCCGAUUCUGAAGGCGGGCCGAUGGUCGACCGGCGCCGACCGAAGAAGAGGGGAAGAAAGCCGGGAUCCGCUCGGGAGACAACGGUAAACCACGUUGAAGCCGAGCGGCAACGGCGGGAGAAGCUCAACCACCGUUUCUACGCCCUAAGAUCCGUAGUCCCCAACGUCUCGAGAAUGGACAAAGCUUCCCUGCUCGCCGACGCUGUUUCCUAUAUCAAGGAUCUUAGAGCAAAGGUAGAAGAACUCGAGGCGGAGGCCAAGAGAUCGAAAAAGGAGGUCGUUGUUGACCAGGGAAAUAGUUCUGGUGGUACUCCGACCAGUGGAUUAACCGGCGAGCCGGCAACCAUUGAGCUCGAGGUUAAACUUCUCGGCCAUGACGCCAUCAUCAGAGUUCAAUCUGAGAACUUAGUCCACCCGCCGGCGAGGUUAAUGGCUGCGCUGCGCGACCUGGAGCUUGUGGUUCACCACGCCACUGUAUCAGGUUAUAAGGAAGUUAUGAUGAUACAGGAUGUGGUUGUUCGGGUGCCUGAAGCGCUACAGAGCGAUGAUAAGUUAAGGUCUGCUUUACUCGUUAUGCUACAGAAGAGUGAGUGAGUGAAUGUGUGCCCGCCGGCGGCGGCGAUUAGUCGCCGUGGUUUUGAUAUGCUUUUUUAAUCGGUGCAUGAUCCGCUCAUGUGCACACUGGACAAUAACAGAAGUACUGACUGAUGAGUGGGCAUAAAAGUUUUUGUGUGAAGGGCCUCUGUUGUCCUUUUUUUUAAUAUUAAAAUAAUGAGAAAUGAUUUUCCAAAAAAAAAAAAUUUAUAUAGAGAGCUUUUAAAACA